AGUAAGACCGGAAGACCAGAUAGUCUCAAAGGGUCUUGUCAGCUGGAGUGUAUGACUCCAUGAUCCUGGGAUAGGACCAGUGGUGAGUACCCCAAGACCAUAAUGGAUGGGAAGGUAGGAAACGACGUUUGAGAAUGCCUUUAGCCUCAGGAAGACUGCCUCUCCUUCAAGAAGGUUUCCUUCAGGAGACCGACGCAUGGGUGGUGGUAGCAAGUGGGAAUCACGGGUGCGUCGUCUAGACCCUGAGGAAACUCCGUGGCCUAAUAACGGAGAGUCGUCCCACCGUACCCAACAUGGCAGCCCUCAUCCGAGGAAACCCUGACGCCCACUUCCGGGUUCCGUAGCGCUGGCCAGGCUACUUCCGGCAGCGCGAUGGCUGGGUUCCCGGGACUCGAACGGAAGUUCCGGCGGGGGCGGCCGAGGGGGGUAAGAGUGUGUGUGUCUGUGCUGGAGAAAGAGGAGAAAAUCGCCCGAGAGGUCUUGAAACCCCCCAGGGAGUGGAGGCCCCAGCCGUGGAGCCUGCAGUGUAUGUGCGGUAACACCAUGUCUGUGCCCCUGCUCACCGACGCUGCCACUGUGUCUGGAGCUGAGCGGGAAACAGCUGCGGUUAUCUUUUUACAUGGACUUGGAGACACAGGGCACAGCUGGGCUGACGCCCUCUCCUCCAUCCGGCUCCCUCACGUCAAGUACAUCUGUCCCCAUGCGCCUCGGAUCCCUGUGACACUCAACAUGAAGAUGGUGAUGCCCUCCUGGUUUGACCUGAUGGGGCUGAGUCCAGAUGCGCCAGAGGACGAGGCUGGCAUCAAGAAAGCAGCAGAGAACAUCAAGGCCUUGAUUGAGCAUGAGAUGAAGAACGGGAUCCCUGCCAAUCGGAUCGUCCUGGGAGGCUUUUCACAGGGUGGAGCUCUGUCCCUCUACACAGCGCUCACCUGCCCCCACCCUCUGGCUGGCAUUGUGGCGUUGAGCUGUUGGCUGCCUCUGCAUCGGGCCUUCCCCCAGGCAGCCAACGGCAGUGCCAAGGACCUGACUAUCCUUCAGUGCCAUGGGGAGCUGGACCCCAUGGUUCCCGUACGGUUUGGGGCUCUGACAGCCGAGAAGCUGCGGUCUGUUGUCACACCUGCCAGGGUCCAGUUCAAGACCUACCCAGGUGUCAUGCACAGCUCCUGUCCCCAGGAGAUGGCAGCUGUGAAGGAGUUUCUUGAGAAGCUGCUGCCUCCUGUCUAACCAGAGUUGCUGUCCCCCAGCACAGUGCCCCCGCUUACGGGGGGUACUUGGCACGCGUGGCACCAUCUUGGAUCUGAGCCGGUCGAGCCCCUUUCUCACCUUCCUGGACCCAUCCCCUCUUCCCACAUGCCUCUGGGGCAGACAGGCCAAAGCCUGGCCAGGCCAUCCUUCCUGGCUUCAGCCCCAUGACUGUCUGCUGCAGGGGGUGGGCUGCUUUCUUAUCCCAUUUCCCUGGAGGUGGGGGCCACCCCCCUGGCAGCAGUAUUAGAGGGGCUGUAGGCAGCGGGAGAAAGGGGCCCAGCCGCUGACCCACUCACUCAGGACCUCACUCACUAGCCCCGCUUUGGGCCCCCUCCGGUGACCUCAGGGUUUGGCCCAUGGGGCCCUCCCAGGCCCCACCUCCUCCCACCUCCCCCAACUGAUUCUGCCCAGAUAAUCGUGUGUCUCCUGCCUCCACUCCAGCUGCUUCUCAAUCAUGAAUGUGUCCAUGGCCCGACCCCUGGCCGCUGUGGGCUCCCAGCCCCUGCGCAGGAGUGUGGGUGACGGGGCCAAGUCUUUCGAGGGGGCCUCCCCUCAGCCGUUCUGAUGUGGGGGCUGGGCCCUGCCUCCCCAUUACCCUCCACCUCCCGCGGGCCUGGAGCCUGCCGGGCUGGACUGGGGCUCAAGGUCUCCCCCAGCCGCUUCACCCCACGUUGUCCCCACGCUAGGUCUUGGGGGAGCUGGGGAGGAGUCUUGUGUCUCGUCUUCUGUCUCCAUGUAGUUUCGGGUGUUUUUCUUGUCGUGUCCUGGAUUCCGAUAAAAUUAAAGAAAUUGCUUCAACUCUCA